CGACCCGACGGCUUUGACCACAUCAUACGGAAAUCAUGUCUGAGGACCGUCCAGCGCCGGUGUAUGCAUCGAUCCGACGCCAGGCCGAUGCUCAGCAUGACGGUGGCGAUGCGAGCGACGCGGGUGAUGCGCGACCUGGGAAGAGGCCACGGAAGCAGAGGCCGUGUUACAGCUGCGAUGAAUGUCGCCGUUUGAAGAUGAAAUGUAAUCGGCAGGUGCCGUGCUCCAAUUGUGUGCGUCGCGGUCGAAGUUCUGUAUGUAAGAGAUCAUCUUCAGAUGUGUCUAAAAAUGCGCUUCGCGGGCAAGGCGAAUUGAAUGGAGCAAAUGGCGACCCGACAAACAGUGCACGAUCACGGAAUGUUCGCGGAAACUCGGCAGUCCAGAUGACCGACCCGCACUCCUCUGCGCGCAAUCAUGGCGAAGGACAUGUUUCUGAAAGACCUGUCUCCUCGACAGCACACGCGAUCACAAUGGAGCCUCCGAACAAUCCUUUGCAGGCAGAUCAUGCUUGGAUCAUCCCCAGUCCAGUCACCCAAGUCGCAGGCGAGACUAUAGAUCCUAUUAAUCAUCUUUCCGCCGGUGCGAGCAAUGUUGAUGCGGCAGUAGACCUUACAGACGAUGCGGCGCAAGACGGCUCGUAUGGAACGUUGAUGUUGAGCGAAGGGGGCAGAUCGAAGUAUCUUGGUCCAACUGCAGGCAGCGAGUGGCUGAGAGACUCUGAAAACCAACAUGCAUCGGGUUCGCCGACUGCGCUCACGACACGUGCGUCAAGUCCCACGAUUACAUACGAUCCUUCCCCUGCCCAACGUCAUCACAGUACUGUUGGAAGAUUGGCCGGAGCAUUUCCAUUCAGCCCGAUGAUACAUAUGGUCAGCACGCGCGAUCUCAUCUCGCGUCUUCCCCCUAAGGAAGAAGCGUUGGCGCUGGUAAAUUGCUAUUAUCGAUAUUGCGCAUGGCAUCAUGAUGUCGCACCCCGAGAUCGUUUUGAAAAAACAUUUGAUCGCGUGUACGCUCUUUCCAACGAACCAUCCCGUCGCGUCAAUGCUCAAGAGCUGGCCCUUGUAUUCAUCAUUCUUGCACAGGGAAAUGUUUUCAACAUCGAAAUAGCCUCGGAUCCUACCGUCCCUGAAGAGCUUCUGCGUCUUUCAGAGUUGGCUUUGAUGAAAGGAAAUUUUCUUUCAAAUAAUACGGUUGCUGGAGUCCAAACUUUACAUCUAAUGGCCCACUUACAUUUAAAUUGGGAUCAGGGGUCUCGAGGCGACAAAGCUUGGCCAGUAUGGGGUCUUGUCAUGCGUCUGAUGCAAGCGAUGGGUAUGCAUCGUGAUGGUGCGCGCUGGAACCUACCCGAAGAUGUGGUGGAAGAAAGACGCAAAGUCUUUUGGGAAUGCAAUGCUGCGGAUGUGUUCCAAGCUCAUUGCUUUUCGAGACCAAGCGCCGUCAAUCCGGAGCAUUGCGAUACCGUUUUCCCUUCCGAUCCGCAGACAACUGUCGGAAGCAAAGGCUAUUUUACUCUUCGGUUCGAGCUUUCCCAAAUCUCAGCUGAGAUCUUAAACAUGGCAAUGAAGGUACAGAGGCCUUCAUACUCCUCAAUACUAGAGCUGGACGCGAAACUCUCGGCCUUUGAACGCAAUAUACCGUUCGCUCUUCGAUCUCGAACCGCAUACUCAUCGAUGCCGUCACAGUAUUCAACAAUGGAAGACGUACUCAAGGCCUCUCCCGAGCCUUCGAGAACAUCUGUGACCGUGACUUUUCAGCGAAUGAACCUCGCGUUCAAUAUUUCUGAGACAUUCAUCAAUCUGCACAGACCUUAUUACGCGAAGGUCUUGUACAACCCCAAUGACGAGGCCAUACGUACGUUAUGUGCAACUUCUUUCUUGACCACGAUAGAGCGUUGUGCAAUUAUAAUAGCUUUGGUUAGUGAUGUACAAGCCAACUUUACCAAUGUUAGUACGAGACAGUGGAACCUCUGGUACCACGUUUUUGGUUCAGCACUCUGCUUAGGUACAAUGGUUCUUAGCGAUCCAAGUAACACCAUGUCUAGUUUUGCCUUAACACAGAUAGACGCUGCCAUAACUCUGUUUGCGUCAUUGAUAGAGAACGGCGGUGGUACAUCCCGAUAUCGCGCAAAUCUAGAAUGGCUCAAGAAGCUACGUGCUAGGGCAAUUGCAUCACUGCAAGCAGCUGCCGCAGGGCCAUCACCUGAUGAUCCUCAGCACAUCAACGGUAGCGAGGGUGGUGUUGGCGAAGAUGAAGAACUUGUAGGCUGGCGUACCAGGCUGAUCGAGCGUGCGGGUCAAAGCCAGUACAAGAGCCGCACAAUCCGGCUCAGUGAAUCACCAGGAAGCACUCGUGAUCUACUUGUCGAAGGUAGCGGCAGGCAAUCGCAUCUUUAUGGUAACAUUGCCUGGAAUCAAGGCAGUGCAGCAUCUUUGGCAGGUUCUGUUCCUCCUGCCCAAACCCACGACCUGUCGACAAAUGACCUUCUCACCGGCUUUUGGGAGCCCAUGUUAUUACAAGAUGCUUUUGAUGCGUCUAACAGUCAUUCGGAGUUUUUGCGUAGUCUCAACCCAACCUGGUGGGGAGACACUUGAAGUGGUGGGAGCCCCGUCCCGGUAC